UUAUGUGCACUGUAAAGGAGUGGGACAAAAAUUUACAAUUGAGUAACAAUGUCGAGGAAGUUAGGCAGUAAUGUCGGGGGCACUCCAACAAACACGCUCUUUAAGUACUUCUCCAAAUCUCCGGCAGUCGAAAAAAGAAUACUUGAAAGAGACCCGAAAACUAAUUAUUCUACAGAAGCAACAGAAACCACCAUUGAAUCUGGAAAGGAGAAUUUCAAACGUAAUAGCUCUGCGGAACUAACUGCUGAAUUUCCCAUAAAGAAAGAACGUAAGCUGAUCUCAUCACUAUCGCCAGAUAAAAUGGAUGAUGUGGAUGAUGAGCUGGUAUGCAAACGCAAACGAAAGCGUAUUAUUAUGCAGGAAUCAUCUGAAGACGAACACCAGCCUGACUUUUCUGAUGACGAAUCUGAGUAUGAGCCUAAUGAUGAUACACAAUGUAGUGAAAGGAGCGAAACAGAUGCAGAGAUGGACAUAGAAUCUAGUGAUUGCGAGACUAGAGAUCUGACGCUUAAGAAAACACGUAACAAAUUAUUCAAAAACAGAUAUGAGUCGGAUAAAAAGAAACUAAAACUUGAAACAUCGCAGUCUACUGUCACAUUCAUAGAAAAAUUAAUGCAUUUGCAAAGCAAUGUCAAAACGGAAGUUCAAUAUGAUGAGAUACCAAUAAUGACCAACAAUCCAACGUUGGACGAACCAGCUGUUUGGCCACAUCAGAAAUUGGAGUUUCUGCUACCUGAUCAUAUCAAGGACAAAGCUGGAAGGCGUCCUGAUCAUCCACACUACGAUAAAAGCACACUACAUGUGCCCGAAAAGUUUUUAAAUACUCUGUCACCGGGCGUUCGCCAAUGGUGGGUGCUUAAAUCGGAAAACUAUGAUUGCGUCCUUUUUUUUAAGGUUGGAAAAUUUUACGAGCUUUAUCACAUGGACGCUGAUAUAGGCGUUAAAGAGCUCGGCUUUACUUACAUGCGCGGCGAAUUUGCUCACUCUGGCUUUCCAGAAAUCUCAUUUGAUAAAAUGUCAACGAUUUUGGUAGACAAAGGCUACAAGGUGGCGCGUGUGGAGCAAACUGAGACUCCUGAGAUGAUGACUGAGCGAUGCAAACGCAUAAAACCAACCAAAUACGACAAGGUAGUGAUGCGGGAGAUUUGUCAAAUUACAGACCGCGGCACACAAGUUUUCGGGUUGCAGUGUUCUAUCGGCCCUAAUCAUCAGCCCAACUACAUGUUGGCUCUGGUGGAAAACGACGAAGGAGUGGGCAGUAAGUUUGGAAUUUGUUUUGUAGACACGUCCAUUGGCGACUUUAAUGUGGGCGAGUUUUCUGACGAUAAAAGCUGUUCCCGUUUGCUCACUCUGUUGUCACAUCACAAGCCCGUUCUGUUUCUUAGCGAAAAAGGGUCACUUAGCGAGCGCACUCGAAAAAUUUUGCGGACUGUUCUGGCCAGCAUACUCAAAGAGCAACUGCCCUGCUCUGGCGCACAAGUUUGCAGUGCAGAGCGUACGCUGAAAAUACUAGCCGAAAGGUUUUAUCCCCAAUCGGCAUCCGAAAAUGAUUGGCCUCCAGUCCUACGUACUAUGAAGUCAGAUACAGACCACUUGGGUAUCACGCCAGCUGCAGAUUACAAGCUAGCGCUAAAAGCACUUGGUCAGUGCAUCCACUAUCUCAACAAGUGCAAACUUGAACUAAAAGUACUGCCCAUGGCUCGCUAUCAGAUGUACGUGCCGCCGGACGUCCAGCCGGUAGGCAUUACUCCCAUAUUGCGCCGCUCGCAAAUGGUCCUCGAUGCCACUACGUUGGCUAAUCUGAGAAUAAUCGGUGAGGAGCAUUCCCUAGAAGCUACUCUAGACCAUUGCUGCACAAAAUUCGGUAAGCGGUUGCUGCGCCAAUGGCUUUGCGCGCCCAGUUGUGAUCUCGUGUUGAUUCGAGAGCGUCAGGCGGCUAUUGGGGAGCUCCUGCAGCUUGACGAUGAGCUUCAAAAGCUACGCGCUUUAAUAGCGACUCUGCCAGAUUUGGAACGGUACCUCGCGCAAAUACAUCUGUUCGGGAACAAGCGUAUAGCCCAGGAUGACCAUCCUGAUUCACGGGCUAUUUUAUUUGAGCAGCACUUGUACAAUAAGCAGAGGCUGUCAAAUUUCAUAGCCAUUCUGAAGGGAUUUGAGACGCUUGGAAAGUUACCUAUAUUGUUUCGCCACUGCAAAAGUGAUCUACUUAGACGACUCACCCAACAGUCUGCAGCGGGGGGUAUUUUCCCGGAUUUAAGUUCACAGCUGAACUACUUCGCGCAGGCCUUCGACCAUACGUCUGCCGCCAAAACAGGUACUAUAGCACCGCAACCAGGCGCGGAUUCAGAUUACGAUUCUGUACAGACGCGCAUAGCGGAUAUUGAUAUGCAGCUUAAAACCUAUCUUGUUGAUCAGGAGCGAUACUUUGGCUGUCGACUGACCUACUUUGGCUCGGAUAAAAAGCGCUAUCAGCUCGAUGUCCCCGAGACACAUGCCCACAAGGCCAACCACGAAUACGCACUGGAAGGCCAAGUCAAAGGCAAGAAACCGGCUCGGAGAUACAGUACAGCGCAGACUAAGGCGUUUCUUAAGGAAAUGCAGAAAGCUGAGGAAGCGCGCACUGCAGUGUUGAAUGACUUGGCGCGUCGUAUCUUCGAAAAGUUCUCUAAUCAUUAUGAAAAAUGGAAGCAGUGCAUCGACUGUGUGUCCAAUCUUGAUGUGCUCGGUGCACUAGCAGUAUAUGCCCGUCAGCAGCACGUCGUAUGCGUGCCUGAGAUUAUAGCGUCUGACGUGCAGCAUUUCAUUGAGAUUGAGGACGGCUAUCAUCCGUGCGUGAACACAGAUACGUACAUUCCCAAUGGUUUAAAGCUGGGUUCAGGCGCGCAAGCUCCUCUCUCGAUUCUAACCGGGCCGAACAUGGGUGGCAAAAGCACACUUAUGCGGCAGCUGGGUUUACUCGUGGUCAUGGCACAAGUUGGCGCACACAUACCAGCUAUUAGCUGCCGCCUUUCGCUUGUGGACCGAAUUUUUACGCGCUUGGGUGCCCAGGACGAUAUACUUGCUGGUCACAGCACUUUCUUAGUGGAACUAAGUGAGGCUUCAUUGAUACUCAAGCACGCAACGUCGCAUAGCUUAGUGUUGGUAGACGAAUUAGGGCGUGGCACAGCUACGUACGACGGAACAGCUAUUGCUGCCUCUGUGGUAAACUUCUUGGCCGAUCUGAAGUGUCGCACAUUGUUCUCCACACAUUAUCACAAUCUUAUUGACUUUUUUCACAAUGAUGUGCGCAUCUCCCUGGGUCAUAUGGCUUGUAUGGUCGAAAACGAGGAUAUGGAGGAUCCGACGCAAGAAACCGUCACGUUUUUGUAUAAAUACACAGCAGGAUCCUGUCCGAAGUCCUAUGGAUUUAAUGCGGCUAAGCUGGCUGGCAUGCCACAGAAAUUAAUAAAACGUGCUUACGGGCUCUCCAAAAGAGUGGAAACCAUUGCAUUGAAACGCAAGAUCGCGGCUAAACUAGUAUUGGCAUCUUCUGGUUGUGAGAAAUCCCGUAAUGAACUGCCAAAUAUGUUGCAACAGUUGAAAACAUGUAGGAUCUGAAAAUAAAAUACACAUUUUUCAAACUGAA